AUGCGUGCUGCUUUACUGGCUCCGUCGUUGAUACUUCUAGCUCUUCAAUCCAAACAGCACAACGUAUUGAAAGAGGCCUUGAAAUGGUAUGAUCGAGGACUUAGCUACAUGCGAACAAGAUUAAAGAACCUCGACAAUAUUGUCCCGGACGAGGUGGAAGGCCACUUUUUGAUUUGUGCGGCACUCUUCAUGUCUAUCUAUGAGACCCUCCAAACUACUGUUGUUGGUGGAUAUGAGCAGCAUGUUAUAGGUGCUGUCACUUUACUGCAAGCUAAGGGGCCUGAGCUGUUUGCGAAGCGUGAAUAUCACGAUUUAUUUUUGGCGGUUCGGGGGCACGCUAUUCACGUAUCUUUGAUAAAGGGCAAACCGACGUGUUUUGCUAAUGAUGAAUGGUUAUCCACCCCGUUUACUCAACUACCAAAGUCACUAUCCGAGAGGAUCAAUGAUAUGCUCCUAUUGAUACCAAGAUAUCUCCACGAACUUCAAAUUGAGCUGUUCAACACUUUUGAUGAGCUUGAACGACACAAUGUGAGAAAAGCGUUUAUGCACAAGAUUGGCUCCGUAAAGCGAGACUUGGACGAAAUACGGAGACGUAAGUCUCAGUCUUUGAAACGGGUACGUUCAAGAGAAAGAUCCGUGCCAAAUAGUGAGGAUGACGAUAAUCCACUUUACCACACCUCAUAUGAAUAUACCAGCCCAAUACAAGCCAGGAUUGUUGCGAUGGAGGCUUGUGCCAGAAUAAUUAUUAUGAGUAUAGAAUUAUCAUCGACUACACGUACUCCUCCUUGGCCAUGCUUCUUUCCGAUUGAAGACUGGAAUAAUGAGAAUCUUACAAUUGAAGUUGAGGGCGCUUCCAGAGACAUUAUCUUUGCAUCACAGUACCUUUCCCGGUUCAUGAUAGGCUGUGCAUAUAUACGCAUGAUUCUGCCCUUGCAGGUGGUUGCCCAGAUGAGCCCAAAUCACGAUCAACGGGUGACGGCGAGGAACAUUUUGGAAUCUUGGUACAAAGAGACGCCCAUUAAGGGGUUGACUACACGAGCAUUGCAGGCUAUUGAUGCGCCAUCUAACCAUCGUCUGGUCUCGGGAUCCCUUGAUGGUUAA